UGAGCCGGCGGCCGGGGGCCCGGUGAGCAGCGGCCGGCCCGGGCACCAUGCAGAAGGGGAUGCGGCUGAACGACGGGCACGUCGCCUACCUGGGGCUGCUGGCGAAGAAGGACGGCAGCCGCCGCGGCUACCUGAGCAAGCGCAGCGGGGACAACACGAAAUGGCAGAGCAAGUGGUUCGCGCUGCUGCAGAACAUGCUCUUCUGCUUCGAGAGCGACUCCAGCUCGCGGCCCUCCGGCCUCUACCUGCUGGAGGGCAGCGCCUGCGACCGCGCGCCCUCGCUCCCGGCCAAGGACUCGCUGGAGAAGCAGCAUUAUUUUACUGUUAGUUUCAACCAUGAUAAUCAGAAAACCCUGGAGCUGAGGACAGAGGAUGCCAAGGACUGCGAUGAAUGGGUAGCAGCGAUAACUCACGCAAGUUAUAGGAAUCUUGCUACAGAGCAUGAAGCUUUAAUGCAGAAGUACCUCCAUUUACUUCAGAUUGUGGAAACCGAGAAAACUGUUGCCAAGCAACUAAGACAACAAAUUGAAGAUGGGGAAAUCGAGAUUGAACGUCUGAAAUCGGAGAUUGCCUCCUUGCUUAGAGAUAAUGAGCGCAUCCAGUCCACUCAGAGCAGCGCGCCGAGUGACGAUGACAGCGAUAUCAAGAAAAUCAAAAAGGUCCAGAGCUUUCUACGGGGCUGGCUAUGCAGGAGGAAAUGGAAGACGAUCAUUCAGGACUAUAUCAGAUCUCCUCACGCUGACAGCAUGAGGAAGAGGAACCAGGUUGUCUUCAGCAUGCUGGAGGCAGAAGCAGAAUAUGUUCAACAGUUGCAUAUUCUGGUCAACAACUUCCUCCGCCCGCUGAGGAUGGCAGCGAGCUCCAAGAAGCCUCCCAUCACCCAUGAUGAUGUCAGCAGCAUAUUCCUGAACAGUGAAACAAUCAUGUUUUUGCACCAGAUCUUUUAUCAAGGCCUGAAAGCAAGAAUAUCCAGCUGGCCGACGCUAGUGCUUGCUGACUUGUUUGACAUCCUGCUGCCCAUGCUGAACAUCUACCAGGAGUUUGUGAGAAACCACCAGUACAGCCUGCAGAUCCUGGCCCACUGCAAGCAGAACCGUGACUUCGACAAGCUGCUGAAGCACUAUGAGGCCAAGCCGGACUGCGAGGAGAGGACGCUGGAGACCUUCCUGACGUACCCCAUGUUCCAGAUUCCCAGGUACAUUCUGACGUUACAUGAGCUGCUGGCCCACACGCCCCAUGAGCACGUGGAGAGGAACAGCCUGGACUACGCCAAGUCCAAGCUAGAAGAGCUUUCCAGGAUAAUGCACGAUGAAGUGAGCGAGACAGAAAAUAUUCGAAAAAAUCUGGCAAUAGAAAGGAUGAUUAUUGAAGGGUGUGAAAUUCUCCUGGACACCAGCCAGACUUUUGUCAGACAAGGUUCCCUCAUCCAAGUGCCAAUGUCCGAGAAAGGGAAGAUCACCAGGGGGAGGCUGGGCUCCCUGUCCUUGAAGAAGGAGGGCGAGAGACAAUGCUUCCUCUUCUCCAAGCACUUAAUUAUCUGUACAAGAGGCUCAGGUGGAAAAUUACACUUAACCAAGAAUGGCGUGAUCUCUCUAAUCGACUGCACCUUGAUGGAGGAGCAGGAGAGCACUGAUGAGGAAACAAAAGCAUCAGGGCAAGACAUAGAUCAUCUUGAUUUCAAAAUUGUAGUGGAACCAAAAGAUUCUCCAUCCUUUACUAUUAUCUUGGUGGCAUCGUCCAGGCAAGAAAAGGCUGCAUGGACCAGUGACAUCAGUCAGUGUGUAGACAAUAUUCGAUGCAAUGGCCUCAUGAUGAAUGCAUUUGAGGAGAACUCAAAAGUCACAGUUCCCCAGAUGAUCAAGUCUGAUGCCAGCUUGUACUGUGACGAUGUCGACAUUAGGUUCAGUAAAACGAUGAAUUCCUGCAAGGUCCUUCAGAUUCGCUAUGCAAGCGUGGAGCGGCUCCUGGAGAGGCUGACGGACCUGCGGUUCCUCAGCAUCGACUUUCUCAACACCUUUCUGCAUUCGUACCGGGUGUUCACCACGGCGGUGGUCGUUCUGGACAAACUCAUCACUAUCUACAAGAAACCCAUCAGUGCAAUUCCUGCAAGGUCACUGGAGCUCUUGUUUGCAAGCAGCCAGAACACCAAACUGCUUUAUGGCGAGCCGCCCAAAUCUCCGAGAGCAAAUCGGAAAUUCUCAUCCCCUCCCCCGCUGUCCAUCACCAAGUCGUCCUCGCCGAGCAGAAGGCGGAAGUUGUCCUUAAACAUCCCCAUCAUCACGGGAGGGAAGGCUCUGGACCUGGCUGCACUGACUUGCUCUUCCAAUGGCUAUGCAAGCGUGUACUCUUCCAUGUCCCCCUUCAGUAAGACCACUCUUGAUAUAAACAAACUUUACGUGUCCAGUAACUACCCCAAUAAAAUACCUGAUGAAGGUGAAACUGCAUCCGAAAAACAAGAGGAGACUCCUCCAAGCAAGCCAAGUUCCGAGGUAUCAGUUCGGGAGGAGUCAGACACUGAUCCAAACCAGAGCGAUGAAGCAGAAACUGAGACCUCACCAACGAAAUCUCCAACUACCCCUAAAGCCGUCAAAUGCAAAAAUUCAUCAGAUUUCUCAUUGUUUUCUUAUAACAAUGGAGUCGUUAUGACGUCUUGCCGGGAGCUUGACAGUAACCGCAGUGCCCUGUCAGCUGCUUCCGCUUUUGCGAUAGCGACCGCUGGAGCCAAUGAGGGCACCCCGACCAAGGAGAAAUAUCGAAGGAUGUCAUUAGCAAGUGCAGGCUUUCCCCCUGACCCAAGGAAUGGGGACAAAGAGUUCGUGAUAAGGAGAGCGGCAACCAACAGAGUUCUCAAUGUUCUGCGCCACUGGGUCUCCAAACACUCCCAGGACUUUGAAACCAAUGAUGAACUAAAAUGUAAAGUGAUCAGCUUUCUGGAAGAAGUUAUCCAUGAUCCUGAGCUCCUGACCCAGGAGAGAAAAGCAGCAGCCAAUAUCAUAAGGACUUUGACUCAGGAAGAUCCAGGAGACAACCAGAUAACACUGGAGGAGAUCAUACAGAUGGCUGAGGGAGUCAAAGCAGAACCCUUUGAAAAUCACUCCGCUUUGGAAAUAGCAGAACAGCUGACAUUGUUGGAUCACCUGGUCUUCAAAAAGAUUCCAUAUGAAGAGUUUUUUGGGCAAGGUUGGAUGAAGCUUGAAAAGAACGAAAGGACGCCUUACAUUAUGAAGAACACUAAACACUUCAAUGAUAUCAGUAACUUGAUAGCUUCCGAAAUCCUCCGAAAUGAGGAUGUCAGCACCAGGGUGAGCGCCAUUGAGAAGUGGGUGGCUGUGGCGGAUAUCUGCAGGUGUCUGCACAACUACAAUGCUGUCCUGGAGAUCACCUCCUCCCUGAACCGCAGCGCCAUCUUCCGGCUCAAGAAAACAUGGCUCAAAGUAUCCAAGCAGACGAAAGCUCUGAUUGAUAAGCUCCAAAGGCUGGUGUCGUCGGAGGGCCGGUUUAAGAAUCUCCGAGAAGCUCUGAAAAAUUGUGACCCACCCUGUGUUCCUUACCUGGGAAUGUAUCUGACCGACCUGGCAUUCAUAGAGGAGGGAACUCCAAAUUAUACCGAAGAUGGCUUGGUGAACUUCUCCAAGAUGAGAAUGAUUUCCCACAUCAUUCGAGAGAUCCGCCAGUUUCAGCAAACGUCCUACAAGAUAGAACACCAAGCCAAGGUGACACAGUAUUUACUGGACCAGUCAUUUGUAAUGGAUGAAGAAAGUCUUUAUGAAUCUUCUCUCCGAAUAGAACCAAAACUGCCCACCUGAAUGUGGAGCAGAGGCCGGCAGGUCGUCUGUACACCUCCUAUAUCAUAUUGUACAUAUCUGUUUGUUUCUGUUGGGCACCCUAGAUUGACUUCCUCGUAUGUGCUUCUCAACGAAAACCAAACCUCCUCUUGCUCUUAGAACACAGUAGAACUCGACUAGAACUUCCUGCGUUGUUUAAGGAUUCAUGCAUAAAGCAUUCGUUUAUGG